GCAUCUGAUCUCGCAGAACAAGGUGGCAGUGCUGCUCCUGGCUGGAGGACAAGGAACUCGACUGGGAGUGAGCUAUCCCAAGGGCAUGUACAACGUGGGGUUGCCCAGUGGCAAGACCUUGUAUCAGAUCCAAGCAGAAAGAAUCCGCAAAGUGGAGCAGCUGGCUGGCCAGAGACACCACUGCAAGUGUGCUGUCCCCUGGUACAUCAUGACAAGUGAGUUCACGCUGAGGCCGACAGAGGAGUUCUUUGUAGAACACAACUACUUCAACCUGAAUAAAUCUGACGUGGUCAUGUUUGAACAGAGGAUGCUGCCUGCUGUUACCUUUGAUGGGAAGGCCAUCUUGGAGGAGAAGGGGAAGAUUGCCAUGGCUCCAGAUGGCAAUGGUGGCUUAUACCGUGCUUUGGUGGAUAAUAAGAUCUUGGAUGACAUGAAGCAACGUGGAAUCCAGUAUGUCCAUGUAUACUGUGUGGACAAUAUUCUUGUGAAAAUGGCAGAUCCAGUCUUCAUAGGCUUCUGUGUUUCGAAAGGGGCAGACUGUGGUGCAAAGGUGGUGGAGAAGGCCUACCCCACAGAGCCUGUUGGGGUGGUGUGCUGUGUGGAUGGGGUCUACCAGGUGGUGGAGUACAGUGAGAUCAGCCUGGAGACUGCGCAGCAGAAAAGCCCUGAUGGGGGACUGAUGUACAGCACUGGCAAUAUCUGCAACCAUUUCUUCACAGUUGAGUUCCUGGAGACAGUGGCCCAGAAAUAUGAGCCGCAGCUGAGGCAUCACGUAGCCAUAAAGAAGGUGCCCUACAUUGACGAGGAGGGAAAUCUGGUAAAACCGCUAAAACCGAACGGGAUAAAGCUGGAGAAGUUUGUGUUUGAUGUGUUCCAGUUCUCUAAGAAUUUUGUGGCAUUUGAAGUUUUGAGAGAAGAGGAGUUCUCUCCACUAAAAAACGCAGACACAGCUGACAAAGACACUCCUAUCACUGCUCGGCAAGCCCUCCUGGCCCAGCAUUACCGCUGGGCUCUCAAGGCUGGGGCCAGAUUUCUGGAUGAAAAUGGUUGCAGGAUACCGGAGAAACUUGGUCUCUCAGGAACUGAAGAUCCUCCGGCUGUCUGUGAGAUUUCUCCAUUAGUGUCUUACUUUGGAGAGGGUCUGGACAUGUACAUGAAGAACAAAGACUUCCCUUCUCCCUUUGUACUCGAGGAAAACAAAGCAGAAAUGCUAGGAAAUUCUUGAAGAGAGGCCUUUCCCCCUCAGAUCAGUUAUAUGUUGGUCAGAUCCAUUACAAAAACUGACAUUGCUGAGAUGUCAGCUAUGAAGUAUGUUAUUAAAAAAAUUGCUUUGCAGUAUCAGAUUGAUGCCAGAUCCUUGCAGCAGUUGUGUUUACACACACAUCUGUGCUCACCAGCUCUGUUUGGUAACUUAGAAGGCUAUUGCCUUUUACCUCAGCCUGUUUUGUAGACUUGGAUGCGAAUGAAGAUUAAUACCUUCUGGGUGCUAAACAUAUUUUAUAUUUCUUAUUUGCUGUGCAUAUGAAUGUGUAAAAGAGCCAGUCAGGGCUUAAUAAAUCAGCUUUGCAUUUAAGAAGACUAAAUGUAUUCAGUGCCUUGUUAGGUAUCUUGUUUGUGCUGGUGGGGUUGGGGUGUUUGGUUUUUAAAUUGUACGCACAGUUGAUUCAGUCUGAUCCAUUUUUUCCCUAAUCCUGUGCUGGUUAGAAGAUCUAAUUCAGCAACUGCAUCAUCUAACCAGAUUAUACAGAGGAGUCUGCUGUAGGUAGGGUUGCUACUCUGCGUAAGGGUUGCUUGAGGUUUGUAGUUGAGGCAUAACAGACUAUUUUGCAUAUCUAGGUUUGCUGGUGCCAUUCCAAGAAAACAUAAGUAAAUAGAUAGCUUAGACUGAUUGAGUUUUACAGCUGUAGUGACCUGUUUUUCUUAAUUAAAAAAAAAUUUUAAAAUGAGAAAUUUUUUCACAACCCUCUUCUCUUCCUGUCUGUAACAUUUAUUUUACUUUUCAUUUUUCUGUUUAAUAUAUACCAUAUGUCUCAAAGGGGACUCUUUUAAAGUAUCUGAAAGUAAUAAGAGGAACAAAUUCUGAUGGUAGAAUUUAAUGCUUAACCAAACCCAGAAAAAGCCUUAAUCCCAGCAUAACCAGUAUACACAGUAGAACACCAGCCUCUGUUCUACAGUUUCUUGCCAGGUAGUUUUCCAGCACUCUUUCACUUAGUAAAUAAUUUUUUAGAUGCCUUCUUUUUAAAUAUAUUUCUAACCAUAACAAUGUGUCAGCUAAUUAAGGAUGCUAGUUGCCAGAACAUACGUAGCAUGUGAACUCAGCCCUGGCUGUGAUCCACAAGUGAUUGUUCCUGUUCAACCUUUGGAUGCUGCCCCAGCAAGCUCGUGCCAGGUGGGACCUGCCUGCUUCAGAACCUGCACUGAAUGCACCAGUCAUUUCAGCCUUUGUGAGGAUGCUUCAGGUGCACUGCUGGGUGGCCUUUGCUUGAGGAGCACUCUCUACUUUUUCCCUAAAUCAGUUGUUAAGGAAGGUGGUGAGGAAGGUGCCUCAUCUGGCACGUUGCUAUUUCAUGCAGCUGCUACUGAGGAAGUGCUGAUGCUAUUUUGUUAAGCAUACAUCUUUUGAAUGACUUACAUGGCUUUCUGUAAUUCCUGACGUGAAGCUGUAUUCAGAAUGUUGGGGAAGUAUAAAAAUGGCUUUGAGAAUAAAUAUAAUUUGUAAGUAGGCUCAUGUUUUCCAAAGAAAGCAUUGAAAUGUCAGUGGCAGAGUUUUCAGGUACAAAGUGUAUCUUCAUGCACGUUAAGUAAUGAGCCUCUUGCACAUGCAAACCAGAUAACGACAGAUAAUGUUGAUUAUUCAGUUUGCAUGUGCAGCCAGUAAUUCCCAUUUUUUUAAGCAUUUGUCCUUGACACUCAAUUCUGUAAUGUUUUUGGCACAGUGUUUCUGUGGGCCAUUCCAUUCCUGUCAGUCAUGUUUUAUAUCUGAGAACAAAUUGUGUUGUAUCUUUGUGGAUAUUUGCUUGUCGACUCAUGCACACUCUUUUUUAGAUUGCACUGUGCUAUGAAGAAAAUACGUUUCUUGUGCUCUUUCUAAAGUGCUUUUUCUUUUGAAACUUCAGUUCCCAUGGGCUUUUAUCAUGUGUACACUGAGCUGCUGACAUGAUUUCUAGAGGUUGUUUUCAAAGAGAAGCUGAAUUAGAGUGGUGAAUGCCUUGUCUGUUGGGUUGUUUUUUGACUCCUCACAUUUUAAUCCAGAAUAUAGAAUGAGUUUUGGGAGAACUUUAAAAAAAGAUAAAAUCUGUCCUGUAUGUAACAAAGUAGUUCUAAUAUGUGUUAUGGGAUGAAAAAUAUCUCAAAGGGAUGUCCCAUAGUACUCCAGAAACUUCUGGACACCGAAGCAUUUUUAUAAUAAAGAUGUUACUGUGAUUUCUA